ACGUACGGGGUGGUGAGGUUGUGUUGAUCAGUUCGUUGGGAGACCCGAAGCUCUUGUAAUAACAAUAUCAAGCAACCUAGUGCUAGUAAGUUUGAGUUUUCGUGGCGAUGGAUGGUCGUAGUUCCAACAAGAGACAACUGGAAGCUCAGCGAGAGGGGGAUGCCAACGCUAAGAGGCACAACGUCGCCAUGAGGUUGGAGACCCUUGACUGCUAUGUCUGCUCUGAGCCCCUCAGACCUCCGAUAUUCCAGUGUUCGUUGGGACAUUUCAUAUGCUUGUCUUGUCGAAGCGAGAUCCUGGACAAGAAGUGCCUCUUGUGCUCUGCCGUAACUUCCUUUGAGCGCUGCUUUGGGAUGGAACAUGUCGUUAUGUCAGUCACUGUUGCUUGCUCCAAUGCCAAGUAUGGAUGCGCUGAGCAGAUCAGCUACUACCAGAAGGAAGAACACGAGAAGGUGUGCCCAAACGCCCCAUGCUUCUGCCCAGAGUCUGGCUGUGGCUUCGCUGGCUCAACAAUGGCCCUCCUGGGCCAUAUGACCGGCAAGCACAAGUGCCCGUUAUCAACCUGUGAUGAUCCUAGCUUGGUGAAUGCUUAUCUCUACCUGGAACCAGGCUUACGCGUUCUGCACUGCCAUGAAGACGGACAGUUUUUUCUGUUCAGCAUGGCAUCAGAGCCUUUUGGGCAUGCCAUCUCUGUCGUCUGUGUACAACCUCGGGUGACAGAACCCAAGUUCACAUGUGAUUUGUACUACGACAGCUCGACAAAUGGUGACUCUCAGAAAUCUUAUUGCAAGAUAAGAAGCUCUUCACUGUCUGAUGGGCUGCCAAUGGGAUAUGAUCUGAUUGUGCCCAAGGGCAAGGUAUCUGAUGAAGGAGAUGGCAUCAUGCUCAGAGCCACCAUCCGUGGAAAGCGCAAGGUCUUGUAUGAUUCUGAUUCUGAUUCUGAUUCUGAUUCUGAUAAAGCACCUUCAGGUCGCAGCAAAGGGAGGGGCCCGAAAUCAGAUUAUUCUGAUGCUAAUCAUGAGCGACCCAUACCUUUGGCUGCCAGAUUGAUUCCUGAUUAUUCUGAGUCUGAAGAUGAACGACCCUUAGCUGCCAGAUUCUCCAAAAUUCGUGGUUAUGAACGCUGAAGGUUGUGGACAUACACUUUGGUUCCAGGACAUAUAUGCGAGUCUCAAGAUCUCAGACCUUCUGGUAGCACGACUGUUUUAGUGUAGUUACUUCUGUUUUGGCAUUUGAUGUACUGUCGCAGGGCCGUGUGGCUCUUGCUGAUAUAUUAGGAAAAUGCUGGGUUAGUGCUGCUGGAUGGUAUAUUGCUAACGAAUUUCUGAGCUACAUUUUGGUGAUGCGAAGGGGCCCCUCUUGUCGGAGGUUGGAUAUAUCAGCGGGAUUAGUCUUAAAAGUAAGGUCCAUGAAAAGGUGCCACUCAUGCAGAGCAUAGAGCUUCUUUCCCCUGAAUAUGGUGUUUGCCAGUCAAAUGUUUUUCUGUUUUCUUUGAGAAUACUUGAUAAUUGCACUAAGACAUGUAGGAGUAGCAGUAGUACAUUAGUUAUAUUAACUGCUUGGUGGCUGCUAUUUGAGCUGUUGCACUUUGCGUCUGUUUAUGAGGAGAUUACUUUGAGAGUGGAAGAUUAUUUCAUAUAA